AUGCUGACUCUGGACAUGGUGCGGUUGGUGCUGGUAUUGAUGCGAAGAGUGGCCGGCAACGGCUGGCUGGGCGAUUAUGUAGCCAUGCGGGUGGUGUCCGGCCGGGUAGGCCAGAGGCAGCAGAGUUGCCUGUUGGGGCAAGAAUGGAGAGGCGGGACGAAGAGUCAUGAAGGACUGGUAGAUGAUUUUGCUCACAAUCCUAUCAUCAGACCACAUGCCGUUUACAUUCAAUUUCACAUGGCCCUGCCUCCAAAAAGGUGGUCUCAUCCCGAACGGAAUGGACUGCAGUUCCCACCUCUCCUGAACUCACCUCAUCAGCACCCGCGGCAGGAAUGGAAGCCGAGUUGUGCUGGUACAGCGUGUAAUCUCGACACGUUAAUCGCUACGCCACAUUGCCACGAGUGUCACUGA